CUCGGAUCGUCACUGGUUCAAGGGAUACCACUGUUCAGCUGUGGGACGCUGCAACGGGGCAGCCAGUCGGUGAGCCCUUACGGGGGCACACUCGUUGGGUUAAAUCGGCCUCGUUCUCGCCGGAUGGCACACUCAUCGUCACUGGCUCAAGGGAUAACACCAAUCGGCUGUGGGAUACAGCGACAGGGCAAUCAGUCGGUGAGCCCUUGGGGGGCACACUCAUUGAGUUAACUCGGUCUUGUUCUCACCGAAUGGCACUCGCAUUAUAACUUGUUCAAGGGAUAAGACAGUUCGGCUGUGGGAUGUAGUGAUGAGGCAGCCAUCGCAACUGUACACUGUGUCGCAUCCUUCAGCAUCCUCAGAUGGAAAUUGCACGAUAGAGGCCACCACUGCCAUGAGAUCGAACACUUGGAACAAUCACUUCAUUUCUUUCUCGUCCAACUCUACCCAUGCGCUCUGCGACACCUCCGAGCUAACGGAGGGAGCAUGCCAUGACGACAACAGUUUGACCCCCUUUUUACUGAAUCGUGGUAGUGGAUGGAUAGAAGGGCCCAAACAUCGGCUGUUAUUCUGGGUGCCACCCGCUUCUCGACACCCAUUUUAUUGCCCUGGAACUGCAUUAGUGAUACCCAGAGGAUGCCCUGAGCUUGAUUUGAGUCGCAUGGCACAUGGACAACACUGGCAAAAGUGCCGGAAGGAACCUUGAUACUGCGAUGAUGGUAUUCUAGCGAUCGAUCCUUUGUGAUGAUUUCUUUUCAGAUAUAACUCGAAUGCGACGUGUACGGUCGCUUAUUUUGAUCCCUCGUUGCCCUUUGCGCGCGCUUCGAUCCCCUACUUUGCUUCGAUCCUCACUUGACAUUUGCUCCUGGUUUGGUUAUUUUGUCCCUCUUAGCUUAAGCCUGGCUAUUGACAACAUCAUCCUCAUUGCCUUUUUUCGUGGAGGUGUUUUACACGAGCCUUGGAGGUUUAUGCGACUUGAAAAUGCUUAGUAGUAGAAUGCUUCCUUGAUGCAAAAUUCAAGUUGUCAGUUCUUCUAUCGACCUCUCAAAGCCUACCGAUUCUGAGCUCAUAUGUCUUACUUACGUCCAUGACUGUCU